AUCAAAAGCGGGCUGUCGAUGUAGCCGCAUACCGAUGACGUUUUAUGCAAUAGAAAUGAUCAUAAGAUUUUCAGUCGUGUCGCCUUUAGACUAAUGACAUUAGUUUUGCCACUUUAGUUCUACCAGCGCUUUCAAGAUGAUGCAGUUUAUGCUUCUGUUUAGCCGACAAGGCAAACUACGUCUUCAGAAAUGGUAUGUUGCACACCCAGAUAAAACAAAGAAAAAGAUUGUCAGAGAACUGGUCACCCUUGUAUUGUCACGGAAACCGAAGAUGUGCAGUUUCCUUGAAUGGAAAGACCUCAAAAUUGUAUACAAAAGGUAUGCCAGUUUGUACUUUUGCUGUGCCAUUGAGCCAGAGGAUAAUGAGCUGCUGACCCUGGAAAUCAUCCAUCGCUAUGUAGAGCUUUUGGACAAAUAUUUUGGCAGUGUGUGUGAACUGGACAUCAUUUUUAACUUUGAGAAGGCUUUUUUCAUGCUGGACGAGUUUCUUUUGGGAGGAGAGGUUCAGGAGACAAGCAAGAAAAAUGUUCUGAAAGCAAUUGCUGCUCAGGAUUUGCUGCAGGAGGAUGAAGCACUCGAAGUCACCCUAAAAGAGUAUGGAUUAACAUAGUCCAUGGACACGGAUGAACCGAAGAGCAUACUCGAGGAGAUGGGAUUCACGGUUGGAAGCUAGUUACCAGUUUCAAGGUUUCAACGUUCUAUGCUUGCUGCUCACAGGGAAGGCCUCUCUGCUAGAAUCACAUUCCUGCCAUUUUUAACCAGUCAUGUGUAGCUAUCCCACACUCGCUGCCUUUUUUCUAAGUGUAUCAAGUACUUUUUUUAUGGUGGUUGUAUCCUUGAAAUAGCAAUGCAGUUAUUGCUUAGAAGCAUGCAAGAGAUGCAGUGGCCUCAUGGCAUACACAGUAAUGACUUAACUCAGAAGAAAAAGAUAUUUCAUGAUGGUUCAGUAUUACAUGUAAAUAUUAAACAGCAGAAAGCGAAUGCAUAACAAGGUUUGUACACUGCCCAGAAUCUGCCUCUGAAGAAGCACUGUAUGCCAUCAGCAAAGAAUCUUGAUGAACAGCAUGAGAUUCCUUUGUUGAUUUCUCUGUGUUCAGACACAUGUCAGAAAUCUUUUGAGAAAUUAAUCUUAGAGAAUCAGUCAUUAGAAGUACAGUAUCAUCAUAAAUGUUCAUUACCUUUAUCAUUAGAAAGUCAUGUGAUAACUGUGGCAUAUGUAUGAUCAGGACUGAGCCUUAUCUCCACACAAGAAUUUAUGUGCCUAUAUAUUAUACAACAUAAUUUGUCCUCUGUGGUGAUGUGUCCUUUGUCAAGACCGUUAAAGCUUUUUUUUCCACCCUGGAUAGUCAAGCAUGAAACAAAACUGGUGGACCAUUGCUGUGUGUGAAUGGCAGUUUUAAGAAUGAGCUUACUGCGAUACAUAGAACUUAAUAAUAUCACCAGACAGUUGUGAUCCUUCAGGAACUGUGAUUUAGUGUUAUCACAAAAGAAACCAAUUUUGAAACAUUCAUUUCGUUAGUUAUCAAGAUUAUGCCCAUUUAUAAACAUGAGUUUGGAGGUUAACAAAUAUAACUUGUUUUGGAUUUAGUAAUCAACUAUAUAAACAUUCAGCAGUUGCUUUUUUUUUUAAAGAAAAAGAGUAUUUUCAUUGAAAUAUUUACUGGUGAGGUCAUUUUUGGCUUGGAUGCAAAUGGUUGUGUUAACUUUUGCAUUUAAACAAUGCUUAUUUCCUUGAUGGUUCGGCUUGUGAAAUGGAGAAGUUAGUGUGCACAAAUUUUUUUUUAUCAUAUUAAGAUUACAGAGAGAUGUUUACUUUUAUUUACCAGGAGUUUGUCUCGAAUAAUGCUUCAUAGGGUGAACUGGGCUGGUUGUCUGUGAGGAUGUCUUAAAUAUCUGGUCUGUAACUGAUGAUGUUGAACUAGUGAAUGUUAUCAAAACAGCAUAGUUAAGUCUUUUUGAAUAUUAAUAUUUGAUUAUGGCUUCUGAAAAAUAAUCAUGCUUUACUACCUGUCCAUUUAUUAUUAUUCAUAAAUGUGUUUUGAGAGUUUUCUUUAAUGGUGUCUAAUCAAACAGUGGUCUCUUCCAGGUUGCCGCCCUCUCAAUGAGAGGAAAAGUGCCAGUCAUUGCAUAAGGUGUUAAACUGAUGUCCUUCAGAAAAUGUCAGGGUUAAAGCCUUUCAUCACAACUAUUGUGCUUUGUUCUUUACAGCAAGCUUUUCUCAGAAAUUAUUUACAUGCUUGUUGAAGCAAGUUUUUGGUACAGUUUUUGUAAAGUAGUUUUUUAAGAUUGGACCUAAAAUCAACCUGUGCCUAUUGGGAAGUGCCUCUUUUCUUGUCGAGAUUAGUUGUACAGAAGUUAUAUGAUGGCUGUUUUGUUACUUGUAAAACUAAGCCAGCUUCAACAUCAGUUAUAUACUGUUGUACGUUUUUGACAGUUACAUGUGAGGCUAUUGCAAAGUUAUGUCAUAAUGAACAAAAUUUUGUCUAUGCCAAAACAACUGUUCUUUCUUUUUCGGUGAAAGAUUUAAAACUGCGGGUUUUACCAAAGUCCUUGAAUAAAAUAAUACGCAUUAAUGUUCAUUGCUUCAUAUUGUACAGACCUUUCUUUGUUAAAAUAAAAUCUUAUGAUCCAUCUUGAUUCAUAAAUGCAAUAAAUCUCAUGAUUUUGCUUAUUCAAACAGUUGUUAUUAAAAAUGGCACUGUCCUUUGAA